UAGGCUCUGAUAGAUUUAUUUCGAGUUUUACUUUCGCCCCAAAAAGAACACAAUACAUCGACACGUCAGGCAUUUGAGAACAAAAAAAAAAAAAACACCACGGCUACACCAGUUUUUAGAUUUAGUCAAAGUUUUCCAGGAAUUGAGAAGCUGUCGCAAUGUUUCCCAAUAAUUUUUACAAAAUGAAGAAUUUUGCCAAUCCAAAGACAAUGUUCAAGAGCUGUUCAUCCGGUAGCAAUAAUAAUAAUAAUAAUAAUAAGGACGAUGAAGUUGCAACUGAAUCGUUGAAAGGUAAGGCCUCAGGUCCAUCUCAAUCUGGUCCAGCUGGUGUGGCAGGAGCUACUGUUGCCGCCGCUGGUGUUGCCCCAAAAGAGAAGGCCCAAAAGAAUGGAAAUGCCAAGAAAGUGGCGAUCCCAUCGACUCCAUCGGCCACUCCAGCCACGCCAGAUAAUCAAUCAAAUGCCAAGCAGGGCAAGAAUAAUAAAAAGAAUAAAUUGAGCAAGAAGCUAUUGAAGAAUCAGCCGCCACGUAGUCCCAGUGUUUCGAGUAAUGCCAGUGUUAGCUCCAAGGAUAACAAGAAACCAAACAACAAGGAUAACAAUCAACAGAAGACUGCCAACAACAAGACUGCAUCGGUCAAGGAUAAUAAUAAAAAUGUUCCCGAAAAGAAAGUAAUGAUGCCAGAGAAGAAGACUCAGCUGCCACCACCACCACCACCAUUGGAAAUCAAGACCCUACCGAUGCCAGUGCCGAUGCCAGUGCCGAUGCCGAUUCCUAGCCAGGAUAUUUCCCAGGAAGUGGCCCAGGAGCUAAGCAAGGAGUUGCCCAAAAUGGAUAGCAAUCAAGUGGCCGUGCCGGAUGAAAUGAUAAUGCCGAUCGAGAUGGCCGUGGAAAUUGAGCCGCCAAGCGAUGCUGUCAGCGAACUGGGUGAUAUGGUGCCAUUACAGCAGCCAGCCCCGAUACCGAUGCCGAUUAAUGAGCCGCGGGAACCGCAUCAUCCACUUAAUAGCCGCUGGACGCUAUGGUAUUUGGAGAAUGAUCGCAGCAAGACCUGGGAGGAUAUGCUCCAUGAAGUCACAAGCUUCGAUACCGUUGAGAAUUUCUGGAGUCUGGUGAAUCAUAUUAAGCCGCCAUCGGAAAUAAAAAUGGGCAGUGACUAUUGUCUAUUUAAGAAGGGCAUCCGGCCGAUGUGGGAGGAUGAGGCGAAUGUACAUGGUGGACGAUGGGUGAUCAGUUUGAACAAAAAUACCAAAUCUGAUCUGGAUAACUUUUGGCUGGAUACAAUGCUCUGUUUGAUCGGUGAAUCGUGUGAACAUUCUGAUGAAUUAUGCGGCGCUGUCGUCAAUAUCCGUGGCAAGUCCAAUAAAAUAUCAAUAUGGACAGCCGAUGGUGGAAAUGAGGCGGCCGCUUUGGAGAUUGGUCGGAAAUUACGUGAAGGAUUGCGCAUGGAGAGUGCCUAUGUGUUGCAGUAUCAACUGCAUAAGGACACCAUGGUUAAGCAAGGAUCCACGGUUAAGUCGAUCUAUACCUUGUAAAUUGGUACACACACUUACUAUUCAACUAUAACUAGAACUUAGAAUAACAAGAAUAACACAUCAGGACUCAUCAGGACAGGACUCACACACAAACACAACUUAUAGCAUAGUCGCAUUAAUGCAAAGAUUUAACAAGGAUUUAUUAUUAAUCAUAUAUACCCCCCUUUAUCCCUUAUUCAAUCUCAAUCACAAUCAAUCUCAAUCAAUCAAUCAAUCAAGAUCAAUGUCAAGCAAUAACCAGUGCAAGGUCAAAACCAUAUCAUCGCCAGAUUAGAUACUUUCGGUAUUUUUACACCAGAACCAAUUGUAAUCACUUCCUUCACUUUUCGGCCACUUUAAUACAUCAUCCCCCCCCCCCUACCAUUUCCCUACCCCUCGAUUGGAUGUCCAAAUUCUCAGUUAACCCCUCCGCUCUCCUCUCAUACACGUUGUCAAAGUAUAAAUUUUAACGUUGCUCUUACCACGAUGAGAAAUAUAUAUUAUCGGAUGUAUGUGUAUUUAACCAGA